AUGCCUCGGGAUCAGAAGAGUAAGCUCCAAGGCCAAGAAAAAUGCCACGAGACUGAAGGUAGGAUCCAGGAUCUCCAGAGUGCUCAGGCCCCUGCAACAGAGGAGGAAGGAUUUCCCUCUCCACCUUCUCCUUAUAUGAGAGUUAUUACCCAUACAAAAUUAGCUUGUAGGCUGCAGAGAGCUCUUUCUACCAUUGAGUUUAACAUUGGUUCUCCUACAAGAGCAAAUGAAGGAGAUAACUACAGAAUUAAGAGAAAACAGCAUUCUUCCCAGGCUUCAGCCUCCACUGUAAAGCGCCCGCAGAGCUCUCUAAUCAGGACAGUUCUCAUGGUGGUGAAGUACAUGAUGCACAUGUAUAAAAUGAAGAGACCCAUUCUGAAAGUAGACAUGAUGAAGAUGAUCACCAAAAAGCAUAGGAAGCGCUUCUUUGAGAUCCUCAUUCAAGCUUCUUUCAACAUAGAGGUGGUUUUCGGUGUAGACUUAAAGGAAGUGGACUCUACAAAGCAUUCAUACAUCCUCGUCAGCAAAAUGGAUCUCCCCUACAAUGGCACUGUGAGUAGAGGCAGGGGAUUUCCCAAGACUAGCCUGUUAAUGAAUCUCCUAGGUAUGAUAUCCCUGAGAGGAAACUGUGCCACUGAGGAAAAGAUCUGGGAAUUCCUGAAUAAGAUGAAAAUAUAUGAUGGAAAGAAGCAUUUCAUUUUUGGGGAACCCAGGAAGCUUAUCACUCAAGAUCUAGUGAAGCUUAAAUACCUGGAGUACCGUCAAGUACCCAACAGUCAUCCUGCAAGCUAUGAAUUUCUGUGGGGCCCAAGAUCUCAUGCUGAGACAAGCAAGAUGAAAAUCCUGGAGUUUUGAGCUAAGAUCAACCACACAGUGCCCAGUGCCUUUGAGUCCUGGUAUGAUGAGGCUUUGAAAGAUGAGGAAGAAAAAGCUGGAGCUGCAGUUGUACAUGGUGACACUUUAAUCCACAGCAAUUAA